GCCCCCCUCAGGCGGGAAGGGGGAAGCGCCGAGGCUGCCUGACUGGAAUCGGGGGAGCUGCAGCGACGGCGGUCGCGGGAGCAGGGCCGGCCAUGGCGGUGUGGACGCGGGCCACCAAAGCGGGGCUGGUGGAGCUGCUUCUGAGGGAGCGCUGGGUACGAGUGGUGGCCGAACUCAGUGGCGAGAGCCUGAGCCUGACCGGCGACGCUGCGGCGGUCGAGCCUGAGCCGCCGGCGGCCGCCUUCAACGGUCUCCCGAACGGCGGCGGCGGCGGGGGCGACUCGCUACCCGGGAGUCCGAACCGCGGCCUGGGGCCGCCCAGCCCGCCCGCGCCGCCCCGGGGCCCCGCGGGGGAGGCGGGCGCCUCGCCGCCCGUGCGCCGAGUGCGAGUGGUGAAGCAGGAGGCGGGCGGCCUGGGCAUCAGCAUCAAGGGCGGCCGCGAGAACCGGAUGCCGAUCCUCAUCUCCAAGAUCUUCCCUGGGCUGGCGGCCGACCAGAGCCGGGCGCUGCGGCUGGGCGACGCCAUCCUGUCGGUGAACGGCACAGACCUGCGCCAGGCCACCCACGACCAGGCCGUGCAGGCGCUGAAGCGUGCGGGCAAGGAGGUGCUGCUGGAGGUCAAGUUCAUCCGAGAAGUGACACCAUAUAUCAAGAAGCCAUCUUUAGUAUCAGAUCUGCCAUGGGAAGGUGCCGCUCCCCAGUCACCAAGCUUCAGUGGCAGUGAAGACUCUGGCUCUCCAAAGCAUCAGAACAGCACCAAGGACAGGAAGGUCAUCCCUCUCAAAAUGUGCUUCGCUGCUAGAAACCUAAGCAUGCCAGACCUGGAGAACAGAUUGAUAGAGCUACAUUCUCCUGAUAGCAGAAACACUUUGAUCCUACGCUGCAAGGAUACAGCCACAGCACACUCCUGGUUCGUAGCUAUCCACACCAACAUAAUGGCUCUCCUCCCACAGGUACUGGCUGAACUCAAUGCCAUGCUUGGUGCAACCAGUACAGCGGGAGGCAGCAAGGAAGUCAAGCAUAUUGCCUGGCUGGCAGAACAGGCAAAACUAGAUGGUGGAAGGCAGCAAUGGAGACCUGUUCUCAUGGCUGUGACUGAAAAGGAUUUGCUGCUUUAUGAUUGUAUGCCAUGGACAAGAGAUGCCUGGGCAUCACCAUGUCAUAGCUACCCUCUUGUGGCCACAAGGUUGGUUCAUUCAGGUUCUGGAUGUCGAUCGCCUUCCCUCGGCUCUGACCUGACCUUUGCUACCAGGACGGGCUCUCGGCAGGGCAUUGAGAUGCAUCUCUUCAGGGUUGAAACACAUCGGGAUUUGUCGACCUGGACCAGAAUACUUGUUCAGGGUUGUCAUGCUGCUGCUGAGCUCAUCAAGGAAGUCUCCCUAGGCUGCACCUUAAGUGGCCAGGAGGUAAGAUUCACUGUCCACUAUGAGCAUGGGUUCACUAUCUCCAGAGACAGUGGAGGCUCCAGCAGCGUAUUGUACCGCUACCCCUUCGAACGGCUGAAGAUGUCUGCUGAUGAUGGCAUCAGAAAUCUCUAUUUGGAUUUUGGUGGUCCUGAGGGGGAACUGACUAUGGACCUGCAUUCUUGUCCAAAGCCAAUUGUAUUUGUGUUGCACACAUUCUUAUCCGCCAAAGUCACUCGCAUGGGAUUGCUUGUAUGAGCAGCAAGAGUCAGGGAAGAGCUUGGACUGUCACAAGAAGUAUUUCCACCUCAAAAAAAUGAAAAAUUUAAAAAGCAACAACAACAAAGAAGCACAAAAAGAAGCCCUUGCUCUCCGCCAUCACAGUGCCUUCCCAAGGACCUGCAGACCUCUGCUGGACCACAACAGGGUUUAAGGAAGGGCUGACCUUUCCCACACAGCCUUGGUCAGAAAUUCUAGAACUGUAAUAAGCUCCAAAUCAAAGCUGUCGACUUAUCUUCUCCAUAAUGUGAUCUCUUAAGAAUUAUGUUUGUUUUUCCUGCUAUGAAGGCUGAUGCUUUGAGGUUCUCCUUUUCUUCCUGGCCUUGGCCUUGAGCUCUCACUAGGGUAACUGUCGCUCCCUAGGUGCUAGUGUGCAGCAGCCGUCGCUCAGGCAUAUCCCAUUAGGUUGGUUACACCACAGUGUUACUGUCAUUACCUUGGAAAUGUUUGAGCAUCGUCCCCAAAGGUCCUUGCACCCACCCUGACUCCGCUGGCCCCAGCCUGCCCCAUACUCCACUCUAACGCCAGCUCUGCCACUCAUAAGCGCUGCCUUUAGGACUCAACCUGCAACAUCUGAUUGCUUUUGCCUUCAAUCCCCAUUUUUUGUGAGUCCAAGUUGAAAAGCAAGUUGGGCUGGGCAGUGGUGGUGCAUGCUUUUAAUCCCAGCACUCAGAGACAGAGGCAGGUGGAUCUCUGUGAGUUUGAGGCCAGCCUGGUCUACAGAGUGAUUCUAGGGAGCCAGGGCUACACAGAGAGAA